UCGUCCGAAGGGCCUCCAUCUUCUCCAAUCGGAGGACCCAAACAAAUCCGUCGGACGCCGCUGAUGCAACCCUUCUCCCCCCAUGCCCGUUUCUUUUCCUCUCUCAAACAGGUGGAGGAUCGAUUGGCAUCGGAGACGAAACGAACGAAACCUACGCCGGAGACCUGUCCAUCAUCAGACCCGCUCAGCUCUCCCAUCUUCCUCGACUCCCCGGCCGGCCCCAGCUCCAGGCCGCCCCGCCUCCAGGAAAGCAGCAGCAGCCCUCCGCUCGACUUCUUCUCCAGUUCCAGUUCCCCAUACCCACUAGAUGAUGCUGGCCGCGGCGGCGAUGAAGACGGCGAGGCGGCGGACGACAUCGAGCAGCUGAUGUCUCUUCUGGGGCUGUCGGUAGGGGAAUGCGCGGAUGAAGGAGACGGCGGCGUGGGGAGUUGCUGUGACUGUAGCGGUGGCGGGGGGUUCUACUCCAAGGUCGCCGGGGUGAAUGGCCCCAAAUGCGAGAAAGAGAGGCGGAGACUGGAUGGUUGGAUUGACUACUACUACCGCGGAGGUGAUGGCGGGGAGAGGAGAGAACCGGCGAGGUUGGCUCACCUGCUGCUGGCCAAGGCUGCCUACUUGGAUUGGGGUCGGGAGGAUGGUGAAGACGGCCUUGGGGCGAUUGGGUUCCCGGACACCGUGAAGGAGUUUUUGGAACAUGACCCACCUGAGAAGAAGUUGGGAGAACAAGGCACAGAGUUUUAGGAUUCAGGAUUGGUUGUUCUCAUCUUCUUCUUGGCUUCCCUUUGAAGUUUAGAUUGUGUCCAAGGUUACUUUGUAAGCUUGAGCUGGUUCUGGUUUUAUACUUAUUUUUCUACGUUUGGCAAUUUGUGUUUCUGAGAAACUGUAGUUUAGGAGGGCAAAUAUUACCUGCAAGGUUGAGAGGACGCAGAAACGUUGAGGUUUGAUAAAAGAGAUUCAAUAUAUAACCGUCUCAGAGCUUGAGAUUCUCUGA